CAUGCUCAUGUUUGAUCGUGCAUAAGUACACAUGUAGCAGGAAAAAAAAACUAAAGAAUCAGAUAUUUAAAUUAGUAAAUUAAAGGCAGUUGUUGACAAUGCAAGUAACAAAUUCCAAUAAUGUUAAAAUUUAUAAUCUUAGCCAUGGAAAGUCUCUUCCAGAUUGGUUAUCAGAAAGAAAAAGACGAAUGCUCCAGAAAAAAGAUGUUGAUAUUAGAAAACGAAUUGAACUUAUACAAGAUUUCGACAUGCCAGGAGUUAGUACUGGUGUGAAAAUUUCACGAGAUGGAAAAUUUAUUCUAGCUACUGGCGUGUACAAACCUCGAGUGCGAUGCUAUGAUGUUAAUAAUUUAUCCAUGAAAUUUGAACGUUGUUUUGAUGCUGAAGCAGUUCAAUUUGAAAUAUUGUCUGAUGACUACUCAAAACUAGUGUUACUGCAAUGUGAUAGAUCUGUAGAAUUUCAUGCUCAAUAUGGAGGAUAUUAUAAAACAAGGAUUCCUAAAUUUGGUCGUGAUCUUGCUUACCACAAAGAAUCAUGUGAUCUUCUCUUAGUUGGAGCUAGUUCUGAAAUUUAUCGUCUAAACUUGGAGCAAGGAAGAUUCCUCAGUCCUUAUCAAACAAAUGCCAGCUCUAUAAACAAAAUUGCUGUGCAUUCAGAGUAUGAUAUAAUAGCAUGUGGAACUAUAGAGGGUAAAGUGGAAGCAUGGGAUCCUCGAAUGCGAGAAAGGAUUGGAACUUUGGAUUGUGCACUGAACUGCAUGGCAGACAAUACUGUUGUUGAUGGUCUGCCGUCUAUAACAGCAUUAUCAUUUGAACAUGGCUUAACUUUGGGCGUUGGAACUUUUACUGGACAGAUUCUACUUUAUGACAUUAGGACCAAUAAGCCGUUUGUGGUAAAAGAUCAUAUGUAUGGCCUUCCAAUAAAAAAUGUUGACUUUAUUAAAAGUGAAGAACUUGUGGUAUCUCUUGAUCCAAAAUGUGUCAAAUUUUGGAAUCAGAAUACAGGCAAACCGUAUACUACUAUUCAAGCUCCAGUUCAUUUAAAUGAUCUGUGUAUUGUUCCUAAUUCAGGUCUUUUAUUUAUGGCAAAUGAAGAUAGAAAGAUUUUAACCUAUUUCAUUCCUAGCAUUGGCCCUGCACCUCAAUGGUGUUCUUUCCUAGACAGCAUCACGGAAGAACUUGAAGAAUCUAAACAAGAUGCUGUGUACGAUGAUUACAAGUUUGUUACUAAGAAAGAGCUUGAAGAGCUUCACCUGGAUCACUUACAAGGAACUAAUAUGUUGCGUGCAUAUAUGCACGGUUACUUCAUGGACAUAAGGUUAUAUAAUAAAGCAAAAGCUCUUGUUCAACCUACGUAUAUGAAAGACCAGAAAAAGAAAAUGGUUCGCAACAAGAUAGAUUUGGAGAGAAAGAACCAAAUUGUCAUUAAGCAAGCUAAUGUGAACAAAGAGUAUGCCCAACAAGUUCUUGAAAAUAAAGUUCGCGGCAAAUCAAAAGUUACUCCUUUGGAAGAUCAGCGGUUUAAAGAUUUGUUUGAAAAUACUAAUUUCUUGAUGGAAGAAACUGAGGAUAAGAAAAUGCAUGAAAAACCAAGUAAGAAGAAGGUUUCUGUCGCAGCAGAACAUGAUCAAGUUAGAAUUUUUGAAGAUGAAGAUAUGCGGCAAAACGAGUACACUUCUUCAGAAGAAGAAUCAGAUGAAGAGAGAGAUGAAUCCUCUGAAGAAUCUGAAGAUUCAGAUCCAGAAGCAGUUAGUGACAAAAAGCGCAGCAUGUUCAAAGCUGUUGAUGCGGAUAGUUUUAGUAUGGUGCAUAAAGCAGACGAAGAAGAUAGCAUGACUCCUAUUGGUGAAAGAUUGAAAAAUACUAAUAUAACUGUGAAGCAAUCAGAAUCAUCAGCUGGAAACAAAGUUGUCACGUUUACUUUAAAUAAGAAAUCAUCUGAGAAGCAUAACAAAAGAGUGGAAGAGAGAAAAGAACAUUUGAAGGAAAGAGCAAAAUAUCGCAGGCCUGCAAAAUAUUUACGGAAAUAACUUAUGAUGCAAUUUCACUG